AUGCGAACAGAGUUAAACACAGAAACUGCUUGUACGAAACACGAAAGUCUUGAAUCGAGCUCAAAUUUUGCCGCGGUGAAUAGGCGAGCUAACGUCUCAAACUACGGGGAUCUGUACAUCGUAGGAAGAAUAUGGCUGUUGGCGUUAAAGACCGCCCUGCUAGGGUAUAGUCUAAACAUGAUUCCAGUGGUGAAUGCCGAGGCGCCGCCGCCGCCGCCGAAGAAACCGCCUCCAAUGAAGUAUAAAGAGCUGCCGCUUUACAAAUCCCCGCACAGCGAAUACAAGGAAUACAUCGAGGAGAAAUACAAAUGCCCCGACGCCGACGUGAAGCUGAUGCGACGUCUCCUGCUCCCCUACGUCACGCUGUGCAGGAAGCAAGUGCAGGAGAGCGCUUGCCGAGUGGCUCGAGCGACGAAGGAGACCUGCCAGGGCAUGAGGGCGUCCGUGAACGAGUCGAAGAGGGACUUCAAAGCUUUCAUGAGGGACAGCGAGAACGCGACGAUUAGAAAAGCGGUCGUUGGACUCGGCGCCGCCGUGGGAUACUUGUUGGGCAGUGGGAGGGGCAUCCCCAGACGGAUCUUUUCGACGGCCGCCGGUGCGGCCGCCGGGGGAGCGCUGUGCUACCCCAAGGAGACGGACGAGGCGUUCAGGAGUUUCACCUACUACAGCGGCAAAACGGCGCUCGGCUUGUUCAACUGGACGUGCGGGAAGGAUUUCGGUUGGAGGGAGAGGAUACCCUGCAAAGACGAUCUGCCGGUGGCCUCGGGCAAAAUAGUCCCCCAAUGCUCCCCCAAAAAG